AUGUCUUUACGAAAUAAGGUUGUGCUGGUCACUGGUGCCUCGAAGGGCGUUGGAAAGGGGAUUGCCGAGGAGUUUUGUGAGAACGGAGCUACUGUAAUUGUAACUUCGAGGCCCGAUGAGACAAAGAGCACCUUUUAUUCGACCGACACUUUGGAGGAAUUUGCGGAAAGAGUAAGCGGUUACCCCCACUUUAACGGGGAUAAACACUCAUACUUUACACCUUUAGAUGUGUUCAAUCUACACUGGAAAGUGUAUUCCGAUAAGAUGUGAUCAUUCUAAGGAAUCGGAUGUCAUCAAUCUUUUCCAGACCAUUGAAGAUGGCUAUGGGGGCAUUGACAUCUUGAUUAAUAAUGUUUUUUCUGCCUCAAUUGUAAGUCAACCUCUAUAAAUACACUUUUAACCCAGUAUUGUUGUUAACGAUCCUAUUUACCGACCUUUUACAGACCUGCGCUCAAAUCGCUGGCAAGAAAUUUUACGAAAUCCCAAAGCUUUAUGAAGUUUUUGACGAGUUCUUCAAUGUCGGACUCAAAAAUCAUCUGUUAUGCAGCAGUCUGGCGGCUAAAUUGAUGAUAAAAAAUAAGACAAAAGGACUGAUUGCGACAAUUAGUAGUGAAGGAGGAGGGAAAUACCUGUUCAACACGUUUUAUGGCAUUCAGAAGACAGCGGUAGGUUCAUAAUUACAGAGUAAAGUGAAGAUUGUAGUGUGAUCGGAUGGCUGCUGACAUUGCCCAUGAACUGAAGGAGAAGAAAAUCACAUCUGUUUCGUUUUGGCCUGGCGCUGUGGCCACGGAAAUGUACCACAACUUUUUGAGUAAAAGUCAGGACCCGGUAAGUGAGAAAUGCAAGAAAAAUGUUUUUAAAAUACGGCUUAUUUACAACAGACAAAAUUUUUCUUUGAUAUACAUAAAUAUAUAAAAGAAUAGACGCUAAUCAGCCCCAAAAAUGUUGGUUCCCACAAGAAAACAAGAAAUCUGUAAGGAACUCGAACUUUUAUUUUGAAAGAAAAUUUUGGAAAAAGGGGUUCCAACCAGCCGGAUUCGAACCAGCGACCUAAGGAUCACCGCUUCAACUACAGUCCUCCGCUCUACCAACUGAGCUAUGGUUGGGCGGAAGGGCCGCUGAUAAGCAAGAGAGAUCGCUUACAAGUUUAUUCAAAUCGCCUUUUGAUUAUUUUCAAACAUGAAAAGGCUACUUUCGAGAACGAAAAGGUCUUGCUUUUUUAUUGAAAAGUUAAGAUUCAGCUGUAUAUUUAUCAUUUCUAUGUAUAUACAUACAUAUUUUAUUCAUGCUUUCAGGCGAUUGUCGACCUCUUUUCGGAGAUUGAGCACCCCCGCUUCGUUGGGAAAUGUCUUGUGAAGUUGGUGCUGGACCCGGACGGUCUUCAGAAGUCGGGCCAAAUAUUGACAUCCACCGAUUUAGCGCGUGAAUACGGAUUAACCGACCAGUCAGGAAGUGGGUAUUUUUAGGGCAUACAAAAGCUAAGCCGAGCAUCCUCUUCUUUCUGGAAAAUCUUGACGGCUUACAGCUUUUUUGUAGCGAUUAAGAAGGAAAAGUGCUCGAACUUAAUCUGUCUUCUCUAUUACAGAUACCCCAAGCCGGCGUCAACAUAAGGAGUGUGACGAAUUCUUGAGCGCCGCGAAUAAACUCAGACAGUGA